AUGUCUGACGAAACGUGGCCGUUUCAGUCCAUGAACAGGUGCCACGGUCAAGAAGAGGUCCCUUCUGACGACCGUGAUUUAUUUAGGCACAAACAUUGCCCCCACAUCCCUGGAUUCUUCGGUCGCGGCCUGGGCAGAGGCCGAAUGGAUUCCAAGGGAUGGACUCUUUGCCUUCCCCCUGACGUGAUCGAAGUUGGCGCUUUAAAUGCGUAG